AUGGAUCUCGUUAACCACUUGGAAGGAAGACUUCUCUUCGCCGUGCCCAAAAAGGGCCGGCUCCAACAGGCAACUCUCGACCUUCUCUCCGGCUCCGACGUCCAAUUUCGUCGCGAGACCCGCCUUGACAUCGCGCUGGUCAAGAACCUGCCUAUCGCACUCAUCUUCCUCCCAGCCGCCGACAUCCCCACCUUCGUCGGUGAAGGCCGCGUUGACAUUGGUAUCACCGGCCGCGACCAGGUCGCCGAGCACGACGCCACCCUGCCCGAAGGCGAGAUCUCCGGCGUGGAAGAGGUCCUCGAUCUCGGAUUCGGCGGCUGCAAGCUGCAGGUGCAGGUUCCCGAGAAGGGUAAUAUCACCGAGGCCAAGCAGCUUGUGGGUCGCAAUGUCGUGACCAGCUUCACUGCAUUGACGGAGGCUUUCUUCCGUGGUCUGGAGGGCGCUCAGCCCGGUGAGAAGCUUCAGACGAAGAUCAAGUAUGUUGGCGGUAGUGUUGAGGCUGCCUGCGCGCUUGGCGUUGCUGAUGGCAUUGUCGAUCUUGUUGAAUCUGGCGAGACCAUGAAAGCCGCUGGUCUCAAGGCUAUCGAUACCGUCGUCGAGAGCACCGCUGUGCUCGUCAAGUCCCGCGACUCAAAGAGUGAUCUCUUGGACCUGAUCGCCGCGCGCAUCCGCGGUGUUAUCACCGCCCAGCGCUUCGUGUUGUGCCAGUACAACAUCCCUCGUUCUGAGUUGGCCGUCGCAUCCAAGAUCACACCCGGAAAGCGAGCGCCUACCAUCACCGCGCUUGAGGAGGAGAACUGGGUUGCUGUCAGCUCGAUGGUUGAGAAGAAGCGCGUUGCGACAGUUAUGGACGAGCUGAUCAAGGUCGGGGCUACGGAUAUCUUAGUUUUGAACAUUGCCAACUCGCGAACGGAUUGA